AUGCAUGGGGUCAACAGCUCCAGCCUGACACCAAGAUACUUCAUUCUCAAUGGGAUCCCUGGGCUGGAAGCUGCACACACCUGGAUCUCCCUGCCAUUCUGCUUCAUGUACGUCAUCACUGUUGUGGGCAACUGUGGGCUCAUCUACCUCAUCAGCCACAAGGAGGCCCUGCAUCGACCCAUGGACUACUUCCUGGCCUUGCUCUCCCUUACGGAUAUUAGUGGGUUUACUUCAUAUGUCCUUAAUAUGUUAUGUAUCUUUUGGUUCAAUCUCAAAGAGACUGACUUUAAUGCCUGACUUGUGCAGAUGUUUUUCAUCCACAUGCUGACAAGUAUGGAGUCUGGCGUGCUCAUGGCCCUGGAUCACUGGGUGACCAUUUGCUAUCCUCUACGCUAUUCUACCAUCCUCACCAACACUGUAAUUACCAAGGUUGGGUUUGCCACCUUCAGUAGAAGUGUGUUGCUCACAAUCCCAUUCACUUUCCUGAUCAAACGUCUUCCCUUCUUCAGGGGCAAAUUCAUCCUCCACACCUACUGUGAUCAUAUGUAUGUGGCCAAAUUGUCCUGUGGCAACAUCAAGAUUAAUGCCAUCUAUGGUCUAGUAGCUGUCAUAUUGAUCGCAGGAUUUGGUAUUUUCUGUAUCUGCAUGUCUGACACCAGUAUUAUCCGGGCUGGAGUAAAUCUGUCAUCUGCAGAUGGGAUGACAAAAUGCCUACCUGUUGAGGUGAAGGGAAGUGAAUGA